AUGACGGACGAACAUGAAGUUUAUGAUGAAUUUGGAAAUAUCAUUACACAUUCGGAUAACAAGGACGGGAAUACUCAUCAACUCAUUAUAUCUGAAAAAAUACAAGCAGAAGAGUCAAUUGCCUUAGAACAUGAUUUAAACAACGAUUUUGAUGACAUAGAAGAUGAAAAUAGCAAUAGUAAUCUGCCCAUUGUAUUCGAACAAAAAGAGGAAGAUAUCUAUGACAAUGACUUAUUGAAUCCGCAUCUACCAUCAACAGCAACAAAUUCAUCAUCACACAUACCAAAAAGGAUUGAGCGUACCAAAAAAAAUGGAUAUUAUUAUAAAUCUAUACCAAGAUUUACUUUCAACAAACCAUAUUUCCUAGAACUUUCACAGCUACCUCAGCGUAAUAAAUCAAUAUGUUUUUUGGGUCCACACAAAUCCGGAAAGACAACAUUAUCAAGCGAAUUAAUGACUGCCAGAAUAAGGCAUCAUAACUUGUUUACACCUUACUACAUGGAUAAUUUGCAAGUUGAGAUUGAGAGGGGAAUGUCUAUUAAACUAAAUGGAGCAACUUACUUGGCAACUGAUUCAAAUGAUAAAUCCUGGUGUUUUACCGUAUUGGACACUCCGGGCCAUGUUGAUUUUAACGAUGAAAUGAUUUGCGGGGCAUCUAUUUGUGAUGUAAUUUGCAUUGUUCUUGAUGUUGUGGAGGGUGUGAAUAGUGUUGUAGAAAGAACGUAUCACAUGUUAAGAGGGAGAUAUAAUGACGCUGGUAAAAACAUUAUUUUUAUAUUGAAUAAAAUUGAUAGAUUGGUAUUAGAAUUAAAAUUGCCGCCCCUAGAUUGUUACAAAAAAUUGAAAUCUUGUGUAGACGAUAUAAACAUUAUGGCCACUAACUAUUAUUCUAAUCUGGGUAAUCAAGACGUUCCAUACUAUUCACCAGAAGUAAACAAUGUUUUAUUUGGUUCAGGAAAAUUGGGCAUUAUUUUUAGCAUAGAACAAUUUGUUAGCCAAUUUUAUUGGACUGGGCUAAAUAGGGAUCCCAAUAGAAUAUUGCAAUUUACUGAACGAAUGUGGGGCGACGUUUAUUUUACAGGUACAAAGUUCACGACCCACAUUAAUGCUGCUAAAAAUAUCAAGCGAGAAGUUCCUACGUUUGUACAAUUUAUAUUAGAACCAUUUUACAAAAUAAUAACACACUCAAUAAGCUUAAAUUCUAAGGAUUUAAGUAAAUGGUUGGAGAAACAUUUUAAAAUUAAGUAUAGCCAAGAAAGUGAAGAGUUUUUGCCCACAUUGAGAUCAGUUUUCAAACAUAUUUUUGCUAAGGGUGAACUUGGAUUUAUUGAUGCAAUAAUAGAUGGAAAAAAGGAUGAUGUUGAACCGGUUGAUACAAGUAAACUUAAACACAGAUUGGUUGCCCAUGCAGUUAAAGUUCUAGAGUAUUGUGGUGAUAUAUGGACUUUAGUGAAAGUUGAAAAAGGUUGUUUAAAAGUGGGCAAGUCUUAUAUGAUAUUGGAUUCAGAGACGGAAAUAGAUUUGGCUGAUGGUGGCGAAGAUGAUGUAAGCGUUUUCCCUAGAUGCAACAUCACGGACAUUAGGCUACUUGGUGGAAGAUUCGUAUAUGGCACCAUUGAUGUUGCUUAUGAAAGGCAAAUUGUUUUAGUUAAAGGUAUUGAUGGAUUCAUCAAUAAAUCGGGCACGCUAUUAGAUACUGAUGCUACGACCCAACUAUUUAAAUUCCCGUCAUUACAACCUCUAAGUGAACCUGUUUUCAAAAUUAUUUUGCAGCCAUAUAAUCCAAAGGAUUAUCCAAAAUUAAUCGAUGGGUUGAAUUUGAUAAACCAAUUGUACCCAGGCUCGAUUAUAAAGGUGGAGGAAAGUGGAGAACACGUUGUUUUAGGCACUGGUGAAUUGUAUUUGGAUACUUUGUUAUACGAUUUAAGAACAAAUUACACUAGUAAUAUUCAAAUUAAAAGUACGGCUAUUCCGAUCACUACAUUUAAAGAAGGAUGCAGCAGUGAGUCAUUUGCAUCUAUUCCAAUAGAAUCUAGCAAUUUCGUUAUUAGGAUAUCUGCAAAACCACUGGAUGAAAAGUUAAUUUAUGACUUACAGGAUGAAAACAAGUAUAAAACAAUAAGAAACUUAUCUAGAAAGCAACUAUCAAAGUUGCUAAGAACUCAAUAUAUGUGGGAUUCAUUAUCUGCAAGAAACUGUUGGGGAUUUUUUUCAACGAAUUGUUUUAUUAACAACACUUUACCGGAUGAGGUCGAUCAACAUCUGUUGAAUGAUGAAUUAAAAGAUACUAUAUACAAGGGAUUUGAAUGGUGUUGUCUGGGCGGACCUUUAGUUGAAGAACCGAUUCAUGGUGUACAAUUUGACCUAAUAAAGAUAGAAAUAAAAAAUAGUGAUCAUAGUAUUGAAAAUGCAAACGAAUUAAUUCCAUUAGUGAGAAAAGCAUGCUAUGUGGCAUUACUAACUGCAAAACCUAUAUUGUACGAACCAAUUUAUGAUAUUGACAUUAUUACUAAACCAAUAUAUUUUCAAAUUAUAGAAUCAUUAUUUGACAAAAGACGGGGUGCUAAAAUAUACAGAAAAUUAGAAAUUCCAAGCACACCCUUGAUUGAAUUAAGAGGUCAAAUACCAAUCAUCGACUCUAUUGGGUUUGAAGUUGAUUUGAAAGCUAGUUGUAAUGGAGAUUGCUCGGUACAAGAACAUAACUUUAGAAAAAUGUGGAGAAAAGUUCCUGGCAAUGUUAUGGAUUGUGAAUGUGAAUUGCCGAACUUGAAACCUGUCCCUUACGAAAGUUUGAGUAGAGAUUUUGUUUUGAAAACCAGAAGGAGAAAAGGUUUGGAAAACAAUGUUAGUUCCGCUGAUGAGGAAGGUCCUAGUUUAAGAAAGUAUUUGAAUCGUGAAUUAUAUGAUAAAAUAGUUAAUAAUGGAUUGCUAUAG